UUCUGCCCGCUGCUGAUCUGCGGACCCGGCGUCUGUCUGUCUGUCUGUCGGUAUCAAAGCCUCUACGAAGACGGUGGCGGAAGGACGAGUAGACGACUGACCGAGACGACAGCGCCUACCAGCGGGUGUUUGUGAUUUAAACAGCCGGGUGGGUCGUGGGACAAUGGUGCUGGAAGGGAACGGAAACUGUGGCUCGCUAACAGCUAGCGUUGAACGUGGUCAGCUAGCAAAUGGAGUUAGCUAGCGGAGAGGGACGGCUGUAUUUCUGCCAGUACUCAGUUCUGUGUAGAUCCAGUUGAAAAGUAUUGACUCCACAUUGAGACAGUGACCGUAACGAUGUCCGUGCUUCUGUAUCAUCGUGUAACGUGACACCACUAACCUAGCUAACGAUGACUUUAGCUAAAGGCAGCAUCACACUAUCCCAGUAGGCAGUGAUUUGCAUCUCUUCUCAGGAAAUAAUUAUUUAAACAAACUCAUGCGUGGGUUUGAUUAUAGUUCACCCGGGUAUAAUAAAAUCUAUCAUUUAUAAAAUAACUAGUUAGUUAAUUCCCAGCCCAGUUAAAUCCUAAUGUUGAUCAGAAAUAACAAUACCUUUUGUACAGACUUAGUAAAUUAAUAUUUGUGAGUGUCACCUCACCCCAGGCUAUAGUGAAUCCAUAGUUAAUCAUGGGUCCUAAAAAGAGACCAGUUCCCUUAAACAUUGCUCCUACUGGUAAUGGAUUAACCAGCUCCACCAGCACAGAUGUUGUGUCAGAGGCACAUUUAGAAAUACUGGAGAAGCCGGUCUUAGAUGAACAGCAGAAGAGAAACAAGCUGAAAGAUGAGGACUUCCAUCGUACCUGAGCUGGAGGUGUAGUCAGCAUGGAGGUCCACAGACCACCAGGAAUAAUCAUGGCCAGAAAGCUCAUUCAUCGAGACAUUAAACCUGACCUCAGGAACCAGAUUGUCCGAGAGCAUAUAAGUGCAACUCUCCCUACACCGUGGGCCUUUCACAGCAAUGGAGAGAUCUGCAUGGAGCACGUGAUGAGAGAAUUGGAGAAGGCCGCCUGGGCUGAAAGAAGCACAGAGGAUCCCAGAAGAGAUUCUGAGAAUGGCCUUGCCUACCUGAGAGAAAAACACCAAAUCAUGCACCGAGAUGUGACGCUGGUGAAUUCACGUGGUGAGAUCAAGUUGUGUGAUUGGGCAGCUCAUAGACUCAAUGGCCAAUUCCUUUUGUGGAGACGUGAUCCCUAAUGUCGGACCACACGUUUAUCAGCGUUCUGAGGCGGAGGAGGAAGAUUCUGUUGGCUGGCUUUGUAAAACUACGGGGCUGAACCAACCAAGCACUCCCACGUGCACUGCAGACUGAACACACAAUCUACUUGCCCUUCACACACUAUAUAAAAACACGGAAAAGCUGCUGCCUAAAACCGUACACAUACACGUCUUAUGUGCCACGUCCUCCUUCAGGGUUCUGCAGCUUCCAGUACGAGUGUGUCAGCCCCAGUUGGUGGUUAAGUAUCUGUACAUGUGUACAGGCAGAAACAGCUAAUUUAUAAAUUCGUUUUUUGUAUGUAUUAUGCAAACAUAAGGGUAAGAAUCAUAUAAUUGUAUUGAACAGUUCAGGUUAUGUGUGUCUGUGUUAGCAAGUCAUGAGUAAGUCCAGGAAAUGUUUAAAUCCAUUUGUUGAUGUGACCGAUUUCUUCAGCACAGUGUUUAAAACAUUUCUGUAUGACACUCACGACAAAGCUUCAAAUGCACCCACCGCCCUCUCUGUGUGUUGGGGUUGUUUAUUAGAUACUGAAAAUGGCGUCCUCAGCCUGUUCUGGUAUCAAUGGCUUCAGAUAAGCGAUGCUGAGGCUGCCUAUAUAAAGACCAGAGAUUCAGACCUUGAAAAGAAGCUUCUGUUACAAGACUGAUUUAUCAAUCUCCUUAGCAAGCUGUGUUGUGAUUCACUGCCGUCGCUCACAGCUGACUAAUUUCUUUGUAUUUUAACAAAACAAACAGACCACGGAUUUGCCAUUCAAGUGCCCUCUACGUUGUGUCAGGAUUUGGGCAUUUCACUCCCUUAGAUUUAUUCAUUUUGUGUAUGUCCUCUUUUUAACUACAAUAGAUGUUCUAUGGUAAAACCGUCCACCAUUUUGUCUUCAUUAAGUCCUAAUUGUCAAUAAAUUGUAUGUAUGCCAACAUGA